AUGUCUUCAUCCUGGCCGGACGCCUCUGCCUCUCAGGAUGGACAUCCACAGUUCCUAGCCUCUAGCUAUCUAUUUCCCCUCAGCAACUCUACCACGUCUUUCGAGCUCAGUGUAUCUCCUUUCGAUCGUUACCCUUCACUCCUAGCCUCAACACAAAGUCUUAACGCCCUUCCCGCGAUCAGUUAUGAACUUCCCUUGGAUACCCCCUCUUUAUCACGAAACGCGAAACUGCUAUCCAAAGAGGAAGUGGUCUCCCUCAGAACUUCUCUGGCUUUUUCUAAGGGUGGGCGUCCAUCGUGGAGCAAAAGCCCUAGGAUUCUCGUCUCUGCUCCUACAGGACCUCGCCUGAAAGGUAUCGAAGCAACCACCCCUAGUUCGCUCACACGUGCACCUCUCACGAGAGACAACCAACCGUGGCCACCCACGAUGCGGCGUCAACCAUCACAGAGACCCGCAUUGCGCUCGGUUGUCAACGUCCUCCCUCAAUGCACCUUUGAAGACCCUAUUCAUACAACUUCACCCCGCAAAGCUCGGCCGGAAGACUCGCGUCGAAAGGCAGAUGCAGACUUCGUCAACCUCUCUCCCUCUGGAGCCAGCUCUCCUCCUGAUACCUCGAGGACGAAGGGUGAAACGCCACAUCUCACGAUACAUCGUCGAGAAUCACACCUUCCUUUUCAUUCACGCCACAACCACAUGGGAGAUCGGGUUGUUGUCGACUCAUCAGGACUUGCCAGGCGCAUGUCUGUCAGCGCCUGCUAUUCAACAGAACACGCUGGAGCACCCGCCGGCCGACGACAACCCGACCAUAACGUUGAGGACACUCCAAGAUACGCGAAUAGCAGUGAUACGCCGCUCGAUUGCUUGCUGCCGCUUCCGGAGAUCAGAAUAACGACCUCCGCUUGCUCUGUUUCUGCGAUCGAACGUCCGUCUCCUGGGUCGCCUGGGUCUUCGGGCAAGCCCUCUUUGAUAGCUCUGCGACGAGGGUCAAGUCCCUUGCCUCCUCUAAAUCUUGUUCUCCAGAGCAAGGCUCCUGAUCCGGAUUACUAUCCUACUAUACCAACAGCGUUUAGAGGUUCACCUGAAGCUGGUUCGCCUACGUUCAACCUUACGGGUCCUUCAGAGGUCUCGUCUCUGGGGAUUGAUGAUAUGAUUGGAAACCUUCACAUGCAGCUCGCUCAUCUUAAGCCAUCGACUCCUACGGAACUCCAGCAUUCCGAAGUCGAUUUGACGCCGCCCAUGUCUCAGACGCCUUCUCUUUGUCCCAACUCUCCGAGGCCGUCACUAGGAGGUAGCGAAGAUGAAUGGGCCUUCGCCGAUGAUCUUCUGACGAAGUACGCUGCGUCAACACCCUCCGGCAGCUCUGCAGAAUCUAGAGGUUCAUCAGACAUUCCAACACCUAUUGCGCGUCCACUUUCUAGCGAACCGAAAGUAGUGCAGCCUUCGGCGGUUCCUGUAUCUCCUCGUGCACAACGGUCAUCACUGGCAACACCUCGCUCUGCUGCUAUCUCUGCUGCUCAGCCUCCGUCAAGGACGAAGUCGCACUAUAAGCGGCCGUCGGUUUCUGAAGACGACAAAGUAACACGCCGUUAUACUGCUGCCGCUGUGCCUCCCUCCGUUACCUCGCCUCGUCAGAUCGAUCUCGUCACCACGGAUUAUAACCAUUUGGCGUCACCGGAUGUCUCUAUGACCCAGCGUCUUUCUCAUGAACCAUCUAGGAUUUCCACAGUAUCAGAUCCUUCCAAGCCCCCGCUCGCCAAAGUGAAGCCUCGACGAUCAGUGACCUUUGUUGACCCUGCCCCUACGACAAGCACUCGCUCCGGCGGCCCCAUCAAUAGCGCCUCUAUACCCCAGACUAAACCUCGUAAUAUCGGGCCCAGCGGAUGCCUCGGAGCAAUGAAACCAGUAAAAACUGUGCAAUCGUCUCAAGGACGGUCAUCUAUCACACAAUGCUCUUCCCCGCCCAAACAGCCAUCACCUCUUCGCCAGACAUUCCUUGCAGACGAGUUCAACGGCUUCGACUAUCUUUCAACCAGCAACAACUCGACUCCUUCGACUCGCUUCCCUACCGCAAAGUCCGUUCGUAACUCAGCACCAACUCCUACGAUCAUACCUACCAACGCUGCUCGUCGAGCUUCUGUACGAGUACACAACUUCUCAGGGAAUGGCACCUCCGACCCUGUCUCGUUGCCACACUCAUCUCAACUCGUCGCGAAUUCAUCGCGUGAUUCCAAGUCUUCAGCGCGAGCUGGCAAACACCAUAACAAGGAAAACAUCGUAGAGGCGACGGUGGAAGCUGGCUCGAUCACAUCCGCCCCGAAACAAGAGAAUGCAGUCAGGCGGCCUCACUCGCUCGGCCAGCACAACAAGGGUUCCGGCAGAAGGGCCAAGUCUGUUAUGCUUGGUCGACACGAUGAGAAUGCGAUCCAGGGUUCGGCUGGGGCUCGGCAAACCGGAGAGUCGCUGCUGCAACGGGCCAGGACACUGGGGAAGCGGAGUGGUGAUCAAAUCAAGAAGUCUCAGCCGUUGAGUCAGCGAGAUGAGAAUACAGCAAGGAGAGUUGAAUUAGGAAUGGAUGGUCAACAAGGCAGUGGGGAGAGCUCUGAAUGCUGUACAGUCGGAAAGGGUGACAAGACGAAGUCCGGGAUGGUGAUCGCGAGUAAGAUAUCUCCAAAGACUCCGGCACCGAAGGAGAAGUCGAGGUUGGCCACACCUCUCAGGUCGAUAUUGACGAGGUUUGGGAGGGCGACGUCCUGA